CCCACCCAAAUCGAUCGGUUGACUAUAUAAAGUACGUAGCCUUUGCGUUUCCAGUUAUCUUACUUAUCUAUAUCCUCUCGCCGGAGACUCAUCGGACGUUCAUCGUUUCUUCAAUCUGAGUAUCCGGCCGACCAAUUUAAUUACCUCGUGAAAUUAUCUUAAAUUAAUGGAGAUUCACCAGAAGCUUACAACCUACAAAAGCGAUCCCGCCAACCUCAAGGCAACCGAACUGCGGUUAGGGUUGCCGGGGACAGCGUCACCGGAGAAGGAAAGAACUCCUUCCAGUCUAAGAAACAACAAGAGAUCUUCAUCGGAGAACGAUGAGAUAACGUCCGCCCCAGCUCCUAAGGUUCAAGUCGUAGGAUGGCCGCCGGUACGAUUAUAUCGGAAAAAUUUGAUGGAGACGACGACGACGAUGAAGAAAUCGGAGGAGUCGGGGGAAGGGAGAGGGGCAGGAAAGUACGUGAAAGUGAGUAUGGACGGAGCAGCGUACAUGAGGAAGAUAGAUGUGACGAUCUAUAACGGUUACACGGAGCUGGUGAAGGCAUUGGAGAGGAUGUUUAAAUGCAGAAUUGGGGUGUACUCGGAGAGAGAAGGGUACGACGGAGCCGACUACGCUCCGACGUACGAGGACAGGGACGGCGACUGGAUGCUCGUGGGAGACGUGCCGUGGCAGAUGUUCCUUAACUCUUGCACAAGGUUGAGAGUCAUGAAAGGGUGUGAUGUUAAGGGCUUUGCUGCGGCGGCGGGUGGCGGUUACCGAUGACCGUUCGUUAAUCAUUAAAUCCCACUAAAAGGGUUUUUUUGCAACACAAUCAUACUAAAAGUGUGUAACCGAUAUAACGCACGUUUUUCUUUUAUUAAUUGUACAAAAGAAAUUAAAUACUGGUGUAUGCUAAGAGCUGAGUAACAUAGUAUAUAGCUUAGGUUCCUAUAAUUUUGUUUUUUGGAGAAAUUUGUAUACACGAUGUAAGUAGACAAUUAUAGUAAAGGGGAGUAUUACAGUUUUUUUAAAGGGAAUUACUACAGUUGGUGUAACGAAGCAAUUAGCUUUUCAAUUUGUAGAAUGAAUGGAAAUGGGUUUUGAUUAUAGCUCUGAUUUUGAUCACA